AUGGAACUUGUGGGGCAGAUAAGACCAGUGCACGUGGUUACAGAUGUAACUGUGUUGAAAGUUAUGGAGGGGAGAAUUGUGAAGUUUAUCAUUUGUUGUGAACUUGAAGUAUAUUACGAAAAAGAAAAAUUUGGUUUACUGUUUCAAAAUGAAUCCUUGAUUCUAUUCGGUGUUUGUGACAGCCAUGUCUGUCUGAAUGGAGGCUGGUGUGAAGCAGACCAAACCAGCGCCCGGGGUUACAAGUGUAACUGUUUUCAGGGUUAUGUUGGAGACAAUUGUGAAGCUGAUAUAUGUGACGGCCAUGAUUGUAAGAAUGGAGGAAACUGUGUGGCCGACCAGUCUUUAAUACGAGGAUACACGUGCAGCUGUGUUACUGGAUAUGUUGGAGACAAUUGUGAAGUUCUUGCAAUAGACUGUAAGGUGCACCGUGACAUUGGUAACACUGAGUCAGGUGUGUACAGUAUUUUUCCCUUUGGACCUAGCUCUGAGUCUGUAAGAACCUACUGUGAUAUGGAGACAUUAGACGGAGGCUGGACAGCUAUCCAAAUUCGAAUAAACGAAUCUGUGAGCUUUGAGCGGAACUGGGCAGAUUAUAGGGUUGGCUUCGGUGGACCGGAACACAGUUUUUGA